AUGAUGCAGGGCCGAGCAAAGAUAAAGGAGCUGAGGCAGGUGUAUCAUAAGGCGAGGGAGGCAAACCGUCACUCAGGUGCAUCACCUAAGACCUGCCGGUUCUAUAAGGAGCUGGAUACUAUCCUCAGUGGCAACGCCAUCUCCACCGCCAAGAGCUCUGUGGACACUUCAGUGGGCCUGGAGGCAGUGGAAAGAGGACCUAACCCAAAGAACAAAGUCAUUGAUGGCGAGGUGGAGUUAGACGAGAGCGUGCGGCGCCGCCAAGCCCCGCUGCGGCGCCUGACCCGGCUGUUCCCGGGGGGGGCGCCCCUGGAGAGGGCUCGGGCCGAGGGCGCGGUUAGCUCCGCCGCACAGUGUGACCCUGCCAGAGGAAUAAUGCGCAGGGACUCGCUAGGGCCCGGUGCCGGGCCAGGAGUUGGCAGCAGCAGCCUUUCUCCUACUUUACUGCGCCUAGUGAGAACACCACCCUGUUCUCAGAAUGGAGCCUAUGUACCAAGCAUCAGGGUGCAGUGGGCAUCAUCCUCUUCUAAGCCAGGGCAAACAGUGUCUGACUCUAGCGAGGGACAGAUCUACCUCAGCAACAGCUGUGUGAAGAGGCUGCUGGAGAUUAUAGAAGGGUCUGAGUUUCUCAGGCUGCAGGUGGAGGGAGGUGGCUGCUCUGGAUUCCAGUACAAGUUUUCCUUGGACACAGUUAUCAAUCCUGAUGACAGGUUGUUUGAACAAGGUGGUGCUCGUGUUGUUGUGGAUGUGGACAGCCUGGCCUUUGUGAAAGGUGCAAUGGUGGAUUUCAGCCAGGAGCUAAUCCGCAACUCAUUCCAGGUGGUGAGCAAUCCACAGGCUGAGAAGGGCUGCUCGUGUGGAACAUCCUUUUCUGUCAGACUCUGAGUGGACUCCUCCUUGGGUGUUGCUUGGGUGGACAUUGAGCCAGAGACUGUCCUCAGCAUUGUCUCCAAGGGUUUCUCAUUUUGCUAUUUUCUCAGCUUCCCCAGUUGUCCUCCUCAAUCUGUUAUACAGUUACUGCAAAUAUCCCCGUUUGCCUAUUUGAACUGAGUCUGCAGCCAAGACCUAUAGGGCUCUCCCUCCAAGGGUUUGAAAUAGGCUUUAAAUCCCACACAAAAGCAUCUUCUGUCCUCUAUGAAGCUCCAGGAACUGCUGAAUA